CGGCACACGAUUUUACUUCUGGUGUCGUGGCAAGAGAGACCGGGGGGCAAAGCACUCGCCCCGCCCAGGAUCUUGGGUUGUUUCCCCCGCCCCCGCCGCCUCCAGCCUGACUUGAGGGACGGAACCGGGCGGUCCCGAGGACAGCAUGGAAGCAGGCGAUUGGCGGAGGUAGGGGGGCGCGGGUCUCCCCUGGGCUGGCUGGAGGAGCGGCUCCUCAGCGGAAAGGAGUCCCCCGGCUGGGCUGGGCAGGCUUCUCAGUGCGGGCGUCACUCUUGCCCAGGCCGAAGCGGCAGCCGCGGCAGCAGGGAGGUGCUGCUGAGACUCCAUGGAGGACUCCACCCGCCUGGGCUACUGUAUUGUGGCUGGCAGCUUUGUGGCUUUCCAGUUCUUCUUCUCAGCGGUCAGCCCCCAGCUGUCCUUCUCACUGAGUCCCAACUACUCCAAACUUCCCUCUGUCAAGCAGAGUGAGUGGAAUUCCAGAUGCGUGUCCACGCUCCACGCAAUGAUAGUUGGCCUCUUCUGCCUCUACAUCCUUUGGUUUGACGAUGCCGUAAACGCCAACCCCAUCUGGGGAGACCCUUACCUGGUCAAGCUGAAUGUAGCAAUCACCUGUGGCUACCUCCUGUAUGAUCUGUUGCUGCUAGUGCGCUACUGGAGGACUAUGGGAGAUUCCCUUUUCGUUUGCCACCACUUGGCGGCGCUAUACGCUUAUGGAUACGUGUUGAGUCGGGGGGUGCUGCCCUACUUUGCCAACUUCCGCCUCCUCUCGGAGCUCUCCACACCCUUCGUGAACCUGCGGUGGUUCCUGGAUGCAGCUGGCUGGCCCCGCUCUUCCUGGCUUGCCUUGGCCAACGGCCUGGCCAUGAUGGUAGUGUUCUUCGUUGUGCGCAUUGCUGUCAUCCCCAGCUAUUAUUUGUGCGUGUUCUCCUGGUAUGGAACCCCCGAGUACGAGCGCCUGGGGCUGGGUGUGCAGCUGGCCUGGAUUGGGCCAAGCCUGGCCUUGGAAGUACUCAACAUGAUCUGGAUGUAUCGCAUCACCCGUGGCUUCUACAGAGCCUGUUGUCGGCUCAAGGCACACAAGACAGCAUGAGGACAGAGAGGUGGUGGCUGGGAACACAGACAUCUAAGUCCUACUGGACAGAGCUCUAAUUACCUUAGAAGCCAGUAGCCAUAGGAACUGCUCCUGGCCAUGCCCUUGGCCCAGGCAGGCAACCUCAGACCAAACAACUGGGGCAUUUGGUUUUCCAUUAUGUCAGGGAGAUUACUUUGCCAUUCUGACUAGAAUCAGCAAAUGGGUGACAUCUGUCCAUGUUGUGUAGAUGGACUCUGAGGGACAUCUGAUGUGGCUGGGGAUGCAGAAUUGUCAAGGUGGGUGUGCCCAGCAUGGGAAUAUCCAUAGUCACAUAGUGAAACGAUACAGCUGGAGCAGCAGUCUCCUGGGCUCAGCUGGGGCUGCUCAGGAGUGUAGAGCAGCUAGAAUGGGACUCCAUGUGGCUAGACAGGCAACACUCUUGGCUGGAGCUACACUAGACAUGAAUGACCCGGGCAGUGGUGGGCACCAUUGCCUCUUCCCCAGGUAGUAGGCCUGGGGGGAUUCCUUGGGGGAAGGGGUGGGGAGGGGAAAAUGGGAGCCAUGUUCCCAUAGCUGCCAUUUUGCCCAAGGCAUUUUGAGUCCUAUUUAGGGGUGUGUUGGAAGGAUGAGACUAAAAGGGGGAAGUGGUGCCCUGGAGGCAUGGAGGAAGGAACUGUCCAGUGAUGCAUUGCAAAUCGAGAAUCGUCAGGACCCAUCAAUGGGGUGUGGUAGGAUCCCCCGGAGCAGGCGCUAGAGUGGGAGCGGUAAAUGUCAGAAGGCAGUGCCAGAAAAAGUGCCUUUCUUCUGCCAAGCUGGACUGGCAUGUUGAAUUCCACUGGUGAGCCUCCUUCAUCCCAAGUGUCUCAGAUGCUGUCCCAGAGUCUACCUGAGUCAAGCAAACAACAGUUUAUAACUGCCCUGAUGUAACUUGGAUGGAACCAAGACAGUCUUGGCCAUGGUCACGUUUGUCCUGACAGCUCCAGAAUGAAGCAGCAAUGGAGCCAAGCUCCCUGUCCAGAGCAAGCUGUGAGGCUCCUGGGGACGGGGUCCAAGAGACUUGCAUCACUUUUUUCUGUCAUUGCACCGGGGCUAGCUGUUGCAUUCGUCCCCAACAUCUUUCAUCGAGAGAACAUUUCUCUUUCAGGAAAAUUGCAUCCUCCCAGCACUAAGCCUCAAUAUUUUGUUACCAAAAAAUGCAAUUGCCUCUGCACCUAGGUUAUACAUCUGGGAAUAUUCAGCUGGUUUACACAGUCUUUAAUAGGGUAGAACAAGUGUCCUAGCGAAGUUUGGGAGCUGUGCACACUCCUGUUUCACGAUCACUUGCUUUUAAACAAACGGGGGAAGCGUGAUCGUCUGCAAGGCUCCCGUUGGGUAGGAGGGCUUUCCCUCCUACCUCAUGAAUCAGCUGGGCAGGACAGAACCCUUGUAGCCAGCAGCAGCCACUCAGACUAUCACUCCCCCCCCCACCUUGUUUUUUAAAAUCAGAGUGCACAUAGCACCCCAAGUUUGGGUAAGAUACUUGUCCCAUGCUCUUAAAGAUCAUGUGAAUUAGCCUAUUGAAUGCAGCAUGGAAUAAGGCUCCUGAGAAUUACGGGCAUCCCCAUUCCUGUGCCAUUUUCUGAACUUCCUUCUUGUGUUGCUUUAUUUUUAAAGAAAUAAUACUGGAGGGCUUAAGCACUCAUCCAAUAUAACACUCAAAGCUGGGAGUUCUCAUGAAUUGGUUUAGAGAACAAAAAUAUGGCAGAUACCUGCAGACCUACCUGCAACACUACAUUUCUUCAGCAGCCUCCCCACCACCACCUUUCAGUGACCCUCCCCCGUUGAAUUCUGUAUGCUCUGUCUCUCUAGCACUGCAGUACACCUUUCCCUGGUGUAUAAGAAAACGGCAGCAGACAUAGGUCCAGCUGUUUCCUGCAGGAAGACAACUCUCCCUCCCCUCCAGUAUAUGUACUAGAUCAGGAGAGGCAGAAAUCUUAUGCUAAGUGAUGCAUCCAAAUUCUGGUGGUAAUUGUAAUUCAGUGGCAGAUUUGCAAAUCCGACCACUGUUACUGGGGCUGAUGGGAGUUGUAAUUGAACAACAUCUGGGGAUCCAAGGUGGAAAAGCCCUGGUCGUUCUAAUGACCAGCCCUACCUGGGUAGGACAGGGCUAGCCCAGGUAGGGCUGGUCGUGCGAAGUCCUGGGAUUGUUCUAGAUCCUGCUGCUCCUCCCCCAGAUAGCCUUGAUUCAAAAUUCGGGCUUAUGGUGAGGUAGGAGGACAAGCGUGCACCUCCUACAUCACUCUGGCUUCCCCCCACCCCUGAUUGCUGCCCAGCUUGCUGCAGCACCUCUCAUGUGGGCAGAUGGGCAGCAGAGCCCUAGUCAAAUUCUGGUAGUCUGGGGGGAGGCAGGUUACAUUUCUCUCCCAGAUCUGCUCCUCGAUCUCUGCUCUUGUUUUUCCAUCUGUAAAGUAAGGCAUUUUAUUUGCUUUUUAAGAUAAGAUUAAUUUUUUAAGAUUUUAAAAAAGAGUUGAAAGAAAUAUUCACAAGGAUUUCAAAUUUGCCAGUGUUUUUCAUAUCCUGCUGAAAUCUUGAAUUUGAAAUUCACAUUCACAUUUUGAUUGUACUAAUAUCAUAUCUCAACAUCCCAAUUUGAGUUCUUUGGACUUGUUGACCUCUCUUGAUUGUUUUGGCUGCCAUCAAAUAUAAAAUCUCACACAAUGUUGGCUGUCAAAUACUAAAUACCAUUGCAUGUCAACUACCAAAUAGUGUCAAAUAUAAAAGAUUGAAAGCAGGAUAUAAAAUAACAGCACAUCAGAGUUUCCUGCGAAGAAUUUGAUGGAGCAAACUCAUCUCAGGUCUACUUAGAAAGCUAGCUCUGUGGGGCAGGGCUGCUUUCCUGCAUUGUAUCUGUUUUCUCCACCCCACCACAUACACAAGAAGUGUCUGGGUUUUUUGCUGUAAAAUCAAAUAACUACUUUGUUCUGCUGGAGGUAGUUUUAAGUUUUUGACUGACGAAAACAUUUACUAUUUGGUUUCAAAUCAGAUGUCAUUGCAGUAAAAAAAGAGAAAUGGGAAAUAAGUAACACUGCCCCCCUUCCCAAAACAGAUUGUGUGUCAAAGGCAGAAGCAUGGCAAAUUGUGCAUCUUACAGCAGGCCUCCAGCUGUGGAGAUCAUGCAUUGUAUCCUUCAUAAGACUGUUGAGCAUGUUCUACUUUCAGGCAGAAGUGCCCAAAGUGGUUCCAUGAAAAAUGUUACUAGAAAAUGAGGAAUCAGUGGCUUACAAAAACAUUCUCAUUGCAUGGCCAGAUGACGAUGCAGCUGUGGGAACAGCACUGGUAGGUUUCAGAGCUGUUCCAGAAUUUAACAUCAUCAUUGCAUCUCUGUAUCACUGCACCCUUAAAAAGGAGUAGCCACAGAAAAACAGGAAGGUCAGCCCACCAUGAUACAUCCUUGUUUGCCUAAGUGGUCCCAGUUUCAGAAAUGCUUUGCAUUCUGCUUGCAAGAUUCUCUGCAUUGACACUAUGCUGCCUUCCUUGAUCACCUCAAGCACUGCACCAGCCCCCAGGCUGACCCUUCCAUUGCCCCCUAUGCCCCCACCCCACUCUGCACCUGGCCAUUGAAUAUUCCCUAUGCAGUGCUGCAACAGAGCCCAAGAGAAGAGCAGGCGGAGAUUUAAUAAACCCUUUGCCUCCCCAAGGGAUCAUAGCACAGUAUCAUCACAAUAUGGCAACAGCACCUUGCUGUAGUACUCAUACCCUUUCCCCCUGUUAUUCUUCAGCCCUCAACUUUACACUUAUGCUGCAAGGGCCAGUUCAAGCCAGGAAGUAGAGCUGACAAGUGUUUUGAAUUGGUUUGACUCUUUUAUUUGUGUAAUUUCACCUGUGUAAUCUGCAGAGUAUUUUGCAUCCUUUUUCUUAGUUGCCCCGUGACAAUCCAAUGAGUUCUCAUUUUACAGAUGUCAAGCCAAAGCAGAGAGACAGACAGACCUACCCAAGGUCACUUGGUAACUGAUGGAGCAAGGAACUUUGAAUGCUUUAGGCUCCAAGUCCCCAUGAGGGUGGCCAAUGUAUGUCUGGGGCGAUGUAUCUCUGUCUUUCCCCAAUAUACUGAUUCUUUUCAGCAACUGAGCCCUUUAACCAUUCAUUCUAAAAUGGAUCCUAACUUAAGCAACCAAUGACAAUAGAGAGAAUGAUUAUUAAGGCCAAAAUCCACCUGGACGUUCAUCUUGCACACACCCCACUGAAAUGGAGCUUCCAUUAAUUUCAGUAGGGCUUGCCCAGGAAAACUGCCUGAUGGAUUGUGCUGAGACUUUCGGGACCAUAUGAACUUACACCAGGUGCUAAAUGCCAUAGGGCACAUUUGAACAAGAAUGGAUACACUCUAAAUUUAUUUAUUUAAGUUCUUACAAAGCUGUCAGAGUGAGCUAUAAUUUUUAGGAGAAGCUAAUGAGAGCUUUGUUCCUAAAUCUGUGCCUUAAAAGAAUUUGCCAAGCAUUCAGCAUCACUCUAGAUGUCUGAAAAGUACCCUCUGCUCAUUAGAUGAGUGCAGUUGGCUGCAUAAAGCAUUCCGCUUUUAACAAAUUUACACAUAAUACACAAGCAGGGGAAAUUCUCCUGAUUUUUCUCUGCAGUUUAGAAUGGUUUCAUCCUCACCUAUGCAAUGUUUGUAAUUUGCUAAUCUCAGUUUAUUAACUGAAAUCAAUGAGUAUUAAUAUAAUAAAGAUCUAAUUUAUUACA